AUGACGCGAAACGUCAAAGGGAAGAAAUCGGCGAAGAGGUUGCCAAAGAGGAGAGUUCGAAAGUUCUGGCCGACGAAGAUCGCCGCGUUGAUCGUCUCUGCUAUACAAGAUCUUCGCGAGACGAAAGGAUCCACGCCUAGCAAAAUCAUCGGUUACAUUAGCUACGCGUCCGACAUGGCCGACGGAAAGGUUAAGCGACAAGUGAGUUUCUCGAUCAGAGAUCCAGUGAAGUCGGUUUUGAAGAGAGGUUUGAAGUACGGUAUACUGAGGAGGCGUCGUGGACACUAUUUCCUUCCGACGGGCGACGAGUUGGACCGUGCGAACCGCGUCGCCCUGAGGUUCGCCAAGUUAACGUUGCCAUCAUCAGCAACUCGUCCCGCCAAGUCGAACGCACUCUUGCACGGCAAAGUGGCGAGAAGAGGAAGCAAGUCCGCGAUGAGAUCACGGAGAACGAAACGGCUCGUGCCAUUCCGUCCAGUUUUAAUCUCGCCUACGGUUAGCUUGGCCAACGUCGACGACCUGUAA